AUGUCGCGGCGGACGCGCGGUGAGGAGCUGGAUGAGCUGCACUACCAGGACACAGAUUCAGAUGUGCCAGAGCAGAGAGACAGCAAGUGCAAGGUCAAAUGGACCCAGGAGGAGGAUGAGCAGCUGAGGGCCCUGGUGAAGCAGUUUGGACAGCAAGACUGGAAGUUCCUGGCCAGCCACUUUCCUAACCGCACCGACCAGCAGUGCCAGUACCGGUGGCUGAGGGUCUUGAAUCCAGACCUCGUCAAAGGGCCAUGGACCAAAGAGGAGGACCAGAAGGUCAUCGAGCUGGUCAAGAAGUAUGGCACGAAGCAGUGGACGCUGAUUGCCAAGCACCUGAAAGGCCGGUUGGGCAAGCAGUGCCGUGAGCGCUGGCACAACCACCUCAACCCCGAGGUGAAGAAGUCCUGCUGGACGGAGGAGGAGGACCGCAUUAUCUGUGAGGCCCACAAGGUGCUGGGCAACCGCUGGGCUGAGAUCGCCAAGAUGCUGCCGGGGAGGACGGACAAUGCUGUGAAGAAUCACUGGAACUCUACUAUCAAGAGGAAGGUGGACACGGGAGGCUUCCUGAGUGAGUCCAGAGACAGCAAGCCCCCCAUGUACUUGCUGCUGGAGCUGGAGGACAAGGACGGCCGCCAGAGUGCCCCCUCCUUGGAAGGCCAGGGAAGUGUUAUGACCAGCUGGCCCCCGGCAUUCCCUGCCCUGAAGGAAGAAGAGAGCAGCGAGGAGGAGGUCGCGGCAGCCGCCCCCGCCCAGGAGCAGGAGCCCGUCCCCGCGGAGCUGGACGGAGUGCAGACCCCGGAGCCCCUAGAGGGCUUCCCCAAGCAUGAAGACCAGGAAGGCUCCUCGCCGGAGACCAGCCUGCCGUACAAGUGGGUGGUGGAGGCUGCCAACAUCCUCAUCCCGGCCGUGGAGUCCGGCCUCUCGGAAGCCCUGGACUUGAUCGAGUCGGACCCCGAUGCGUGGUGUGACCUGAGUAAGUUUGACCUCCCUGAGGAGCCGUCGGCCGAGGGCAGUCUCGUGGGCAGCCCGGGGCAGCCCCAAGCCUGGCAGCAGCAGCAGCCCGCGCCUCCCCGGCCAGCCGCCGCCGCGGCACCCAGCGUGACCGAGUACCGCCUGGACGGCCACACCAUCUCCGACCUGAGCCGUGGCAGCCGGGGGGAGCUGAUCCCCAUCUCCCCCAGCACUGACGUGGGGGGCUCGGGCGUGGGCACGCCGCCCUCCGUGCUCAAGCGGCAGAAGAAGAGGCGUGUCGCCCUGUCCCCUGUCACGGAGAACAGCGCCAGCCUGUCCUUCCUGGACUCCUGCAACAGCCUCACCCCGAAGAGCACGCCCGUCAAGACCCUGCCCUUCUCGCCCUCCCAGUUUUUGAACUUCUGGAAUAAGCAGGACACACUGGAGCUGGAGAGCCCCUCGCUGACGUCCACACCCGUGUGCAGCCAGAAGGUGGUGGUCACCACGCCGCUGCACCGGGACAAGACGCCGCUGCACCAGAAGCACGCUGCGUUUGUAACACCAGAUCAGAAGUACUCCAUGGACAACACUCCCCACACACCGACCCCGUUCAAGAACGCCCUCGAGAAGUACGGACCACUAAAACCCCUGCCCCAGACCCCCCACCUGGAGGAGGACUUGAAAGAGGUGCUGCGCUCCGAGGCCGGCAUCGAGCUCAUCAUCGAGGACGAAGUGAGGCCCGAGAAGCAGAAGAGGAAGGCCGGGAUGCGGCGAAGCCCCAUCAAGAAAGUCCGCAAGUCCCUGGCUCUCGACAUUGUGGACGAAGACGUGAAGCUGAUGAUGUCCACGCUGUCCAAGGUUGGUAAGGGGUCUAGGAGAGAAGCCGUCCUCAUCCUCGCAGCGGGCUCCUCAGGCCUCACCCCGUCGGGCAGCAGAGAGGACAGCAGCCUGCUCAACGAGGGCUUCCUGCAGGCCAAGUCCGAGAAGCCAGCGGCCCCGAAGCCCCGGGGCCACUUUCCCACCCCUGCUCCCAUGACCACCGCCUGGAAGACAGUAGCCUGCGGGGGCACCAGGGACCAGCUCUUCAUGCAGGAGAAAGCCCGGCAGCUCCUGGGUCGCCUGAAGCCCAGCCACACAUCUCGGACCCUCAUCUUGUCUUAG